AUGGCGUAUCCACAGAAAGCUGGCAAAACCACUCCCCGGCUAGCGGAGGACAUACGAUUGUACGAUCCAGCACAUCCCCCAGGCACCGGCCGCAACCUGCUCUCCGAAGUACCGCCAGUAUUCCAAGGCCGUCUUGAUGGGCGACAGGACUGGAUAUCGUCCGAGGCGUGCCAACACAAGUACCUGAUAAAGGCAGAUCAAACUUUCCUGGCGCAAGAAGAGCAGAAAAAAAGACCAGGUGCAUCAUCCAAAGUAUCUGCCAUUUGCUCGAGGUGCCGUUGCCAUCUACAGGUAGUGGUCAACCAUACCAGUGGUGGAAAUUCAUUCGCACGGAAGCCCAGGGAGGGCCACAUUCAUCACCUUGUGUACAAGUCAGGAAGACAACAUGGCACAUCAUCCGUCGAGGUGACAGAGCAGGGGCAGGUGGUUGAAACAUUCCACUAUCAAUGCUCCCACAUUUCAUGCUCGGAAAUGGUGUCGCUACGGAUCCUGUCGCCUCUCAUCAAUCCGCAAUUUGUAUACCUCCUGACAGAUCCAGAGGCGAUUCGCCAGCGAGCGGAGGAAGCGAUCGCGGUCGAGCCAGAGCGCUUGGAGGGCAUGGCCAAGCCUUUGCCUAUAAACAUCUUGGAUAACCUACGGCUCUACCUUUCCAACUCUCUUCACAGCAGCAAAAUCAGCAAGGCGAUCUCUGGGAACAACAAACGGUUUAUGAUUUCCUUCGGUGUGGAGGGUAAACCUUGUCAACAGGUUUUGGAGUUUCUUGGCUUUACGUACCGUGAGGAUCAAAGUUGGCAGCCUCCACAGCCAGAUCCGAAAGCGGAGACUCCAUACCAAGACGCGCUCUGUGUAUUCCUGGACGACGUCAUUCAUGAAUUACUGUCUUUAAUCAACCACCGACCCUUAUCAGAAAGAAAAGAAAUCACAGUCCCACCAUUACCCCCAACUGCAUCAGACAGUAUCCUUCAAGCGUUGGAGGCCUUGAACUAUUCGAAAACAUCCCGCGCCGAAAAGUUCGAAAUGGCUUACGCUCCGUACUACGAAGAUCUGGGGGUGGUUGAAGACAUGGACACUCCGUUAAUUAUUGACGCCUACCAACGUCAAGUUUCCUCAGAUCUGGCCAAUGCACCUCACUAUCUCGAAUGUCUCAAGUCCAUUGGCAUGCUUCGUGGUGGUCAAGACUGGGAAUCCAUUGACCAGGCUGUCCAGGCCGCCUAUGCAGAAGGGAAGUACACAAUAAACGAUCUGGAUGCAGCCUACAAUUAUUUCCAUCUCUCACGAGAGGAUUCAAGCAUCACCGAAGACAAUAUCAUUGGGAAGUACUACGCAUACCUGGGCUCAGUUAGCCAGAGUGACCAGAUAUUGGAAGCUGCACGAAACUUGUGGCGGAUUGGCAAUAGCAGGGGCAGCGAUCGCAUAAUGGCCGUUUCUGAAGAUCGCGUUGCUUCUGCAGAACAGGCUGAAGUUUUUCUUGGCAUCGACGCAAACACCCCCGAUGACUUUAUCAUCACUAUGUACACUGCGAAGCUCACCGACAAUCCGGCUUGUAAAGACUUGGCGGAUAAGGCACUCAAGCUUAUUGCGGAGGAUCGGAAUUCAAUUGGUUUGAAGCAUUUCCUUGAUACUGGUGAAACAGUGGAGGGCGACAUGGACAUUGGCGAUGCAUACCGCCUGCUCCAAAUUCCAGACCGGACUGCCGAUGCCGACGCUGUCAUAGCGGCAUACACCAUCUGCGUCAAUGAAAAUGCUGGCCAGGCCGAAACCUAUCACUGUGCUUUGAGCAUCAUUGCAAAAGAAAUGGACAACGUCGGGCUGAAGAACUUGGCCGGCAUCUCUACCGAGUCAGAUCGUGAUUUGUCGGAUUGGCCUGUUGGUCUGCAAAAUAUUGGUAACACAUGCUAUCUCAACAGUCUCCUCCAAUUUUACUUCUCAGUCCGCCCAUUCCGAGACAUGGUCCUCGAUAUCGAGAAACAUCAGAUGGACCUGAACGAUGAGAAGAGCGUUGUUCAAAAACAAGUUGGAUCUCGAAAGGUGGCCAAGAAAGAAGUCGAACGUUCACUCAAGUUUCUUGGGGAGCUUCGGAACCUGUUCCAUGACAUGAUCGGCUCUACACGGUCUUCUGUCAUUCCUGGUCAGGAGCUCGCACGAUUAACUUUAAUUAGUCCUGGGGGCGAAGCUGCGAUUCGUCGCAGGUCAACGAUAGGAAAGUCCUUAAGUCUGGGUGAAAUCGAAGGAGCACCUAUUUUGGGACCGCUUGGCCCCCCUCCGCCUAUUGCGGAGGAGAACAAUGAGCAGCCAACAGCCCCCGAUGUCGACGAGUCGGCCCAUGCCAAAGACCCGAGCCCUGCUGGUGUGGAUAGUGAUGCUACCUUAGUGUCUGAUAACAACGAAAGCAAAAGCCCCAGUGGAAACGAAGGUAAUGACUCCUUUUCGCCAAAGACAGGGGAGCCUGAAGGGGGUGUACCUCUUGAUUCCAACUCCGAACCUCCCAAUCGCCCGCCGCCAAUUCCCCCGCGCCCGGUUCCAGAAGUCGAUCGCCAGAAGCAAUUGAUUGAAGAAGUCGAGAUUGGUGCCCAGCAGGACGUCACAGAAGUGAUCAACAAUGUUCUUUUCCAGAGUCAAUGUGCCAUCAAACCCAUUCGGGUGGCCACCGAUGGCGAGCAGGUCGAUCAGAUCAAAGACUUAUUCUACGGUCAAACUCGGUCCUACAUUUCCACCGGGAAAAGCGUUCGAUCGAAGGAGGAACGAUGGUGUGAUAUCAAAGUCAAUGUUGCCGGUGGUUCACGGGAUAUCUAUGCUGCGAUUGACGGAGCUUUUGAUGCCCAGAAAAUCAGCGUUGAGAACACUGAAGCCGAGCAAUAUGGCUCUAUCACUCGACUGCCCCCAAUCCUGCAGAUCCAGGUUCAAAGGGUUCAGUUUGAUCCGGUGAAGAAGAGCUCUUUCAAGUCGACACACCACCUCGAUCUUCUGGAGACCAUCUACAUGGACCGAUACAUGGACACCCAGAAAACGGAAAUUGUGGAUCGCCGUCGUCGGUGCUGGGAGUGGAAGAGUGGACUCAAGUCACUAGAGGCUCGUAAGGCGGAGCUGCUCCGAAAGCAGGAGGAGGAUGGUCUUACUAUGUCACAGCUACUCAGCAACGCAAAGGAAGCUCUUGAAGACUUGGAGGAAAUCACCGCGGAGGAUUCUACGCAAGUCGAGUCGUUAUCCUCCGAGCUGGAUCUUCUCUCCGAGAGCGCGAAUGCUGAGCUCCAAGCAAUCGAUCAACAAGUCCAAGACACUAAGGCGAUGAUCUCGAAUCAAUUCGCUGAGUACCGCAAUCUCCCCUACCGCCUGUACGCGGUCUUUGUGCACCACGGCUCUGUCUCUUUCGGUCAUUACUGGAUCUACAUCUACGACUUCCGGAAGGAAAUCUGGCGCAAGUACAACGAUGAGUACGUGACCGAAGUCAAGAAUUUGGAUGAAAUAUUCAAAUACACCGGUAACUCCAACCCGCCCACCCCCUACUUCCUAGUCUACAUCAACGAGAAAAUGAAGGAACGCCUUGUCGAUCCUGUCUGCCGCGACAUCGUUCAGCCUAUGACGGAUGCGCCGAUUGCCGAGACCUCUGCAGAUGCACCCAUCGCCAUGGAAGAUGUUCAGACCACAAAACCUGCCGAAGAUGUGGACAUGGGACUGCCGUCAUACGAUGAGGCGGCAGGUACAGGAAAGGAUGUGCCUUAG